AUGGAUUCCCCAAGCAAUGAGCAAAGCUCACAAGGGGCAGAGUCAGAAUCAUCUUCUCAACGAAGCUACUCUCCACGAACGUGUCGGAUUUGUCUGGAGACAGUGUUGCCGACUUUUCAACCUUCGGAAUUUUUACAAAGACCUCGCGUGGUUUAUGAAUCCGAAGAUCCAGAACUAGGCCGUCUACUCCGUCCCUGCAAAUGCAAAGGCUCCUCGCGAUAUGUACACGAAGGAUGCCUCCAAGCAUGGCGACAUUCAGACCCUAAAUACCGGACAAAGAUCUACUGGCAGUGCACGAUUUGUGGUUUCCAGUAUCGACUGGGACGACUGACAUGGGCCCGCUGGAUUAGUAGUACCGCGACACAGAUUAUUUUGACGCUAGCCAUUCUUUUACUGGCCAUCUUUCUACUUGGAUUCGUUGCUGACCCCAUCAUUGACCUUUAUCUCGGUCCCGUGGACGACCUUUACGAUGAGCUGGAGGACGACGCUUCGUGGACGGAACACUUUCUGAAAGGGUUUGCUGCGCUAGGGUUAUCGUCGUGUCUGAGGGCGCUAUUCAGCUUCUCGCCGAUCCAUUGGAAUUUCCGUUCCUCAAGCAUCAUUGGUAAUAGUCGCUCCACUGGACGCAAUCGAACAGCCAACUUAACAUGGCUAGUGAUUCUGGCAGGCGUGAUUACAUUUCUCUGGAGUGUCUACAAGGGCGUCCGUGCCUGGAGCAGACGUACCCUCCAACGGGCAGGCGAAAAGGUCAUGGAUGUUCCUUUACCAGGGGACGAAUAUGAAGAUGUACCUGAAGAGCCCUCCGCCCAUCCUAAAGCCGAGUAA